GGGAGGUAAAAACCCAGUGAUGGAGCUGAAUGAGAAACGCCGCGGCCUCAAAUAUGAGCUAAUAUCAGAGAGUGGCAGCAGCUACGAUAAACGCUUCAUCAUAGAGGUUGAGGUGGACAAGCAGGUGUUUCGGGGGACAGGUCCCAAUAAAAAAGUAGCCAAAGCCAGCGCGGCGCUGGCUGCUCUAAACAGCCUGUUCUCCGGCUCCAAAUCUACAAGCAACAAGAAGAAAAGACCCAAUCCCCCUCCUAAGCGACCUGUAGCCUCGGUGUUGACGCUCCCUGCCCUCGCCGCCAGACCUCCACGUGUCCCCGUCAUCCCUCGAGCUCCCUACAUCAGCACCCCGCCCACACAUGGAUACAUCCCCCCAGGUUUUGGUGCUCCUUAUGGUUACAGCCCUGCAGGUGCCCUCCCUCCCUACGGUUUUCCUUCCAGAAUGCCCUCAGUAGUUGUCCCAGUCAUCCGAGUCCCCACAGCAUACCCCGUCACCCACCUCUACCCCUAUUAGGACCCUCACCUCUCCUAACCCACUUCACAGGAAGUCGCUUCUUAAAGUAACAGACAGGUGACAAAUUAGACAAUAAACCCGAAAAAUGAAUCUUUUCCGGGAUGACGGUGUCACCAUCUGUAGUGCAUGAGGGAUCAGUAAAUGUUUCAGUGAGUAAAAACAUGAUCUGAAUCAUAUGUGAUGGCCUUCCCAGUCACCAGAUCUCAACCCAAUUUAACACUGAGGGGAGAUUUUGGGCCAAAGUGUUGAACAGCGUACUCCAACACCAUCAUCAAAAACCAGAGAAAUAUAUAUCUUUAUAAAGAUUGGUGUUCAUCCCAUCACAAAAUUCAUAAUGGCUUUUCCUUUAAUUUGUCACCAGUCUUACAUCCUGAUUUUUACUGUGUGUUCAUGACACAAGCUUCAAAAAGCAACACUGGAAUCCACAAACUGUUGACCAGUAUACCCAGUCGGUACCAUUGUUGUAUAGCAUGUUCCCUCAUUAGCAACCAGAUUAAAUUAAAUUAGAUUAAAUUAGCAUUAGAAAUUUGUUUGGCAGAACAGAUUUUGACCAAAAAAAGCUCUUUGAUCAUUAAAUCUUAAUGCAGUGUUAGAAAGGCUGACAAGAAGAGAAUAAAGUGCUAAAUGUUUACUGCAGAGUAUUAAACAAACAUCCGCUAUGAGAAAUAAAUAAAAUCCUAUUUUAGAGAACAAAUAAAACAUCCACCACUGGAAACACCAACCAUAUAUCCAAGUAAGCAAACUAAAUAAGUUAAAGUUGCAAGCAGUGAUGAAAGGGCCCUCAUGCCCCCACGUAUGUCGGGAUACUGAUGAACUCCAGCUUAAGUGGUCGGUCAUUUCUGCAAAAGUUGGAUCAUGUUGGCUCGGCUGCAGAGUCAAAAUGACUGAGGGUUUAGCUCAGAUGCUUAGAGCACUUGGCUGGUGAUCAUGAGGUCACUAGUUCAAAUCCCAGCCAGGGCAGGCUGAUUUUUACAAGCAGCUGUCCAAACAAACAAAGGGAAAAAUAACCUUGAAAAUAGUCAAAGUGUCAGCUGGAUUAGCUUUUAAGAGUGUUUCAGGUUGUGAGAUUGAACUUAAUCCAGGACAGGAGAAUUUUAAAAACUGCUGUCCAAACAAGAGUGUGAAAUAGAACGCCAAAAAAAAGUGUCAAGAGGUUUGGCUCAGUAGGUUAGAUGGUCAGUUGAUAUCUCUGAGGUUGUGAGUUCGAGCCAUAUUCGGGACAGGUGACUUUUAAAGAUUGUUGUCUGGUAUCGGCAGUGAUGUCUGAAAUAAAAUAUCCACUGAUACAUCUGGGACAACUUCACCUGAUUUAUCGGGCCAAAACAAUGUAUCAUUCAACUUUACGUGCUUUAAUUUGUUCUGCAUUAUCACAGUCAGUGUCUAAACUGUAUGAAUGAACAGCCAAACGAUAUUUUAU